AAAGGUCUUCACAGCUCAGUGUGCCUAAAAUCACUGCCAUGUUCACCAGGAAGGUGAUGGGCACCCUAGUCCCAGGGUGCUGGACGAGCCAGCCUCGUGCCACAUCAGAUGCAGAUGUGGUCCUAGUGCCUAGGGCUCUCCUGUCAUCUUAUCCUGGCUUUCAGCUUGAAAGCAGUGGGGCAAUCUGUACCCGGUCACUCUUUCUAGGUUUAGAAAGUGGGUUCCUCACAUCUAUUCAAUACCUGAAUCUUUUUCUUCUGCUUAUUCCUAUUUUAGAAUCGGUGAAGGCUUUGUUUUCACAUUUCAUCCUAUCAGAGGCUGCUGUGCCAAGGAGAGCUAAGCCCUGUGUCUCCAAUAUGGAGUUGGAGAACCAGACACGAGUCACCAAGUUCAUUCUGGUGGGAUUCCCUGGGAGCUUGAGUAUGCGGGCAGCCAUGUUUCUGAUAUUCCUUGUGGCCUAUAUUCUGACAGUGGCUGAAAAUGUGAUCAUCAUCCUAUUGGUGCUGCAAAAUCGGCAACUGCACAAGCCUAUGUACUUCUUCCUGGCCAACCUGUCCUUCUUGGAGACCUGGUACAUCUCUGUGACUGUGCCCAAGUUACUGUUUAGUUUUUGGUCUGUGAACAACAGCAUCUCUUUCACACUCUGUAUGAUACAACUGUACUUCUUCAUUGCUCUCAUGUGCACAGAAUGUGUGCUUCUGGCUGCCAUGGCCUAUGACAGGUAUGUGGCCAUCUGUCGCCCACUCCACUACCCAACCAUAAUGAGCCAUGGGCUCUGCUUCCGCCUCGCUCUUGGUUCCUGGGCCAUUGGCUUUGGCAUCUCCCUGGCGAAGAUCUACUUCAUCUCCUGCCUCAGCUUCUGUGGUCCCAAUGUCAUCAACCACUUCUUCUGUGACAUCUCUCCAGUACUUAAUCUCUCCUGCACAGACAUGUCCAUAACUGAGUUGGUAGACUUUAUCCUGGCACUGGUCAUCUUCCUAUUCCCACUCUUUAUUACUGUCCUGUCCUACGGAUGCAUUCUGGCCACCAUAUUACGCAUGCCCACAGGAAAGCAGAAAGCGUUCUCCACUUGUGCCUCCCAUCUUGUGGUGGUCACCAUUUUCUAUUCAGCCAUUAUUUUCAUGUAUGCUCGACCUCGAGUUAUCAAUGCCUUCAACAUGAACAAAAUUAUUUCCAUCUUCUAUGCCAUUGUCACUCCUUCUCUCAACCCUUUCAUUUAUUGCCUAAGAAACCGAGAGGUCAAGGAAGCUCUGAAGAAACUGGCAUAUUGCCAGGCCAGCAGAUCUGACUAGUCAAUUACAGUCGAUUAGAAAGAAAGGUCUCAGUGGGUGCCUGUAUGUCUUCCUCCAUCCUUUCUCCUUUAAUGACUCAGUUAGGACACUGCCCAUGUUAAUAUGACAUCACCAUGUCUACUUCAAUCUCAGGCGCUUGGGUAUCUGCAUCUGUGCAUAUGGUCAGUGCUCUAAGGCCAUACACCUUCUAGAGAGCUAGAGAAAACAGUUCUCAAUGGUUGUGACCCCAAAUGGGGUUUCUAAGACUGUGAGUAAAUUUAUAACUGAGUUAAGUAGGAAGAGAGAUGGUGAUGGGUGAGUUAGCUGUUUUUGGAUCUGCCAUACACUAAUAGCUCUGGGGCCAACAAAAUAGGUGAUAGCUUCCUGAUUUCCCAUCUUUCUAAGACAGAGGUAGCAACUCCCUCAACAGUCUCAUUCUUGAUGUGCUUGGAGUGAAUUUUGGUGGCAGAGACUGCUUCCUGAGUUUUUGCAACACUUUUUGCAAGCACUUACUAACCUGUAUUAAAUCCCUUUCUGCUUAAACUAGUUAGAGUGCUUUCUUUUAUCUGUAAGUGAAUUGUACCUUACACAAUUGUGUUUUGUCUUCUGAUAUAACUCACACAGUUGCCUUUUAUUGAAUUUUAUAUUUCCCUUCUAGGUGCCACAAUGUAUCCUUUAGUGGAUGAACAUAAAAUAGAUGAUAAAUAAAUAUCAUCAAAUAUAUGAAUUGCCAAACAAUAAUUGCCCUCAUUACUUCUCUUUUCUUUUGAUCUUGAUAUCCUCUUGUUCCCGCCCUGCACCCCCCUUCCCGCCCUCUCUUUUAUCUUCUCUUGGUUUUCCACUUUCUCCACACUCAACUCAGAGAUAAGUAACAGGUUUCAGGAAUUGACAGAGAUUUUCAUUCCAUGCCAUAGUGAUUCUCAACUUUCCUUACCUAUAUAUCUAACACCCUCUACACACACGCUAGAACCUCAUUGAUCAAAUGUGCUUUACACCCAUAGAAGGUACAUAGAUAUGCUUGUUCUUGGUUCAUAGUUUUGCCAAUGGCAAAGGGAGAUAUAUUUUUAAGCUGUAUUCAACAUAGUGGGCCAACAUCAGUGGGAAUUUAAUUCUUUUAUUGUAACAGUUUUAAACAGGAGAGUUUCUUGCAUUAAUAACAUCUUUUAGCUAAGAACAAACCACACUUUCAAGAAUGCUUUCUCUUUCUUCUUAAUUAAGAAACGUUAGGCAGAAUUAUUUGUUCCAUUUUAUAAACUUCCAGAACAGAUGUUCAAGGAAGUAAAUAACAUACAACCACAGACAGUGGGAGAGCAGAGGUCAAAGUCCCAGUUCCCUGAAUCCAAACCCUGGGUCUUUCUCUAGUGAAUGGGCUCUCCCUAGAGAGAAAACAUACUUCUUUAGAAGCCAAGUAUGAAAGCUAGUUGUAAAGGAAUAUAGUUGGAAUUAUGAAUUACUAUACCUGCAGAACGGUAAUAAAAUAAAAAUGAAAAAAUGUGAAUUAUAAGGUCCCAGAGGAAAAAAGAAACAAAAAUAAAAUGCAAGCACAACUUGCUUUAGGGAAUAAAUGUGCAAAAGAAAACAAUGCUUAAAAUGGAAAGGAUUUAAUGUUUGCUUCUGGAAUGUAGUUUGGUCCCUUGAUGCAAUAAGUAAGUUGUGAUGAAUAUAUUUCUAUUUAAAAUCUAGACACACAAAAAAGAGAUUAUUUUCUGAAAACUUCAAAUGAAUCAAAAUAUAAUUGCAUAGUCAUAUAGGGAUAUUAAAUGUGUGAAUUAAGAAAGGAAAAGACAUGUUCAGUAGGGAUUAGGAAAUGAAAGAUAAAAAAAACUCUGGCAAUAACUUGAAUUUUAGCCCUGGAUAUAUAUUCACCAUGUGACCUUGGCCAAACCAUCUAUACUUUUGGAAACACUGAGUCUUUAUGUGUAAAACAGGAGUGAUAAUAGUUGCUUGGUGUUUCUUACGCAAUGGUUAUGAGGAUCAACUACCAUGACGGAAAAGACAUUGAUUGUUAAAUAUCUUGGGCAGUGCAUGAUCUAAGCAAGCUGCCACUAGAUUAGGGUUUGCAUGGGAAAACUGUUUGGGAAGGCUAUGCUCUCUGGACCUGUCUAAAACCAUUCCACACCUAGUUGACUCCACAUACUAUAGUUAUAGUUAACCUGGGAGGCUGCAACUAUCAGAGGCAGUUUAUUUCUUUAUUAUUUCUCAUGAAUAUCUUGGAAAGGGAGAAUGUAGAAGUAGGGUUUCUUGGGGAAUUCUAUUAAAUUUUUUUUUCAAAUAACAGAUGGAACAUUGAGCUCCUUCCCCUUUGUGGAAGGAAUACCUAAGUGCACAGGCUCAGCAAAGUAAGGACACAGACCAAUGUAGAAAUCUGCCUCAACAGAGAAAAUAAUGUAUAGUGGAUUACUGGUUAAAUUCAUAUAGAAACAAGCUAUUUCUAAGGUGACACACAAAGCAAGCCGGAAGUUUCAGGGCAUUUGGUGAUCUUGUUGGGGUAACCAUCAUAAAAGGCUGGUAGUCAGUUUCAGUAGUUUAUCCAGAGAACACGCCCUGAAGAUUUGAUUAUCACCAGCCAAACUCAUAAGGAACCCCACAAAAUAAAAUAUAAAUAUAUAUUAAUUACACAUGCAGUAUAUAUUUUAAAUCACUAUAUUUAUUCAUUCAUUUAACUAAUAUAUAUUAAGGAUCUAUUAUGUACCUGUAGGGAUACAAUAGCAAAAUAUUAAAACUUGUUACCUUUGUGAGCAGAAACAGAUAGCAGAUAAUACCUUUGUGUGUGUGUGUGUGUGUGUGUGUGUGUGUGUGUAUAUACAUAUAUAUAUCUAACAUACAUACAUAUUGUAAUGGGUUGAAUGGUGGCUUCCAAAAAUAUAUUUUCACACUUUCAACCUGGAACUUGUGAUUGGGAACUUAUUUGAAAAAAAAAAAGAGUCUUUGAAAUAUAAUAAAGUUAAGGACCUCAAACUGAGACCAUUCUGGAUUAUCCGAGUGGACUCAAUGUCCAAUGACAAGUUCCUUAUAUGAGAGAGAAGAGAAAACAGAGAAGGUGAUGUGAAGGUAGAGAUAGAGAUUGGAGUUCUGCAUCCACAAGCCAAGAAAUACCUUGGGCCACCAGAAGCUGGAAGAUAUAAGUAAUGAUUCUCCCCUAGAGCUGUCAAAGGAAGAGAGCCCUGAUGACACCUUGAUUUUGGACUCCUGGCCUCCAGAACUAUAAGACAAUAUAUUUCUGUUGUUUUAAGCUACCAAGUUUGUGGUAAUUUGUUAUAAAAACCCUGGAAAAUAAAUACACAUCCCAAUUUGGGUGGCAAUAAGUGCUAUGGAUGGGGAGGAAGAAAGCAUGAAAGUAUAAUAGGAAGUGCUGCUGGAGAUGAGAAAUUUUAAAUAAGAUGGUCACAGAAUCACCAAGUGAGGAAGAAAUGUUUGAGCAAAAACCUGGAGAAGCUGUGAGAGUAAGAUAUAUGGCUACUUUGGCAAAGAACACUCCAGGUAGAGAAACAGCAAGGGAAGAUAUGGAGUCUUGAGUAGUAUGUUUGAGGGACAUUGAAGAGACCGAGCAGCCAGAGCAGUGAGAAAAGGGUAAGCAGGUGAUAUGGUCUGGCUCUGUUUCCCCACCCAAAUCUCAUCUUGAUUGUAAUCCCCACAUAUCAAAAGGGGAACCUGGUGGGAAGUGAUUGCAUCAUGGGGGUGGUUCCCCCAUGCUGUUCUCAUGAUAGUGAGUGAGUUCUCACAAGAUCCGAUGGUUUUAAAAGUGUUUGGCAGUUCCCCUCCCACUUUCUCUCUCUCUCUCGCCGCCAUGUUAGAUGUGCCUUCCUUCCCCUUCGCCUCCUGCCAUGAUUGUAAGUUUCCUGAGGCCUCCCCAACCAUGUGGAACUGUAAGUCAAUUAAACGUUUUUAAAGUAAA